CGGGAGCUGCGGCGGCGGCGCUGCCUGUCUCGCUACUGUCGAGCGGCGGGACCGAAGCCGCGAUGGCGUCAGGAACCGCAGGGCUGUGAGGCAGCAGAGCGCGAGCCGGCAGGGCGGGCAGAGCGACGGAACCGGGUCGCGGACGAACCGAGCUGCCGCCAUGGAGCUGAGGGUUGGGAACCGGUACCGGCUGGGCCGGAAGAUCGGGAGCGGCUCCUUCGGGGACAUCUACCUGGGAACUGAUAUUGCUGCCGGAGAGGAGGUUGCAAUUAAGUUGGAAUGUGUGAAAACCAAACAUCCUCAGCUUCACAUCGAGAGUAAAAUCUACAAAAUGAUGCAGGGUGGAGUGGGUAUUCCCACAAUUAAGUGGUGUGGAGCUGAAGGGGACUACAACGUAAUGGUGAUGGAGCUGUUGGGACCGAGUCUUGAAGAUCUCUUCAAUUUUUGUUCAAGGAAAUUUAGUCUCAAGACAGUGCUAUUACUCGCUGACCAAAUGAUUAGUCGAAUUGAAUAUAUUCACUCUAAGAACUUCAUCCACCGAGACGUGAAGCCAGAUAACUUCUUAAUGGGCCUGGGGAAGAAAGGCAAUCUUGUCUACAUAAUAGACUUUGGAUUAGCAAAAAAGUAUCGAGAUGCUCGAACUCACCAACAUAUUCCAUAUCGUGAAAAUAAAAACUUAACAGGAACUGCGCGUUAUGCAUCCAUCAACACUCAUCUUGGAAUUGAGCAAUCUCGCAGAGAUGACUUGGAGUCCUUGGGCUAUGUACUGAUGUAUUUUAACCUGGGCUCCCUCCCCUGGCAGGGACUGAAAGCAGCAACAAAGAGGCAGAAAUACGAACGUAUCAGUGAAAAGAAAAUGUCUACACCCAUUGAGGUUUUGUGUAAAGGAUAUCCUUCUGAAUUUGCCACAUACUUGAAUUUCUGCCGUUCUUUGCGUUUUGAUGACAAACCGGACUAUUCCUAUCUAAGGCAAUUAUUCAGAAACCUCUUCCACCGACAAGGGUUCUCGUAUGACUAUGUGUUUGACUGGAACAUGCUGAAAUUUGGUGCAAGCAGAGCAGCUGAAGAUGCUGAACGUGAAAGGCGAGAACGAGAGGAGAGAUUGAGACAUACGCGAAAUCCAGCUGUGCGUGGAUUACCCUCCACUGCUUCUGGCAGGCUGAGAGGAACACAAGAUGUAGCUCCUUCUACUCCUCUUACCCCAACUUCACAUGCUGCCAACACCUCUCCUCGGCCCGUAUCUGGUAUGGAACGAGAAAGGAAAGUGAGUAUGAGAUUGCAUCGCGGUGCCCCAGUCAAUAUCUCGUCAUCUGACUUAACAGGCCGACAAGAUACCUCUCGCAUGUCAACUUCGCAGAUUCCUGCUCGGGUAACUACCAGUGUUCUCCAGUCUGCUGUGCACCGAUGAAAAUUAUUUUGCCAUGGAGGGCAGAUAAUGCAUGGCUGAUCUCCUAUGUUACCAAUGGCUUUACUAGCAAAAAUACCCUAAACUAGAGCGGAAACAUUACAAUUGGAGUUCUCCAUGUGACUUAAAAGGCACUUGGAGGAACAUGGACAGACUCCAGCAGCUGCCAUUACAGGACGCUUUUGCCAGAAACCCAAUGACCUUAAGAGAACCCUGUGGUAACGGGGCUGGAAAAGAAAGAUGGUUUACAGAGUUGACCGCCUGUUAUCGGAUGGCCGUUUCAGUUUUCCCUCCACAGGCGGCAGACUUUACCCCCUUUUUAUUAUUCUACUGUAACUAUAAAUCUUUUACUUGGUUUAAGAAAGUUUUUUGUAUCAUUUUGCUAAAAUUAUUGGCUUAAUUCUCUGUAAAGAACUCUUGCUUUUGUCUGAUUUAAAAAUGUAGAAUAUAAACAAACCUAAACUACAAGACAAUGACUUGAAAUUUCUUGUUUAAAAAAAUUAGUCUGGCAGGGAACAUGUAAAUGAAUCAAAACCAUCUGACUUUAUUUAAACUGUUUACUUAUUUGUAUGGUCCCAUUCUGACUGAGACAGUUUUCUCAUGGAAUUUUUAAAACGGUUAGAAUUUUACUUUGCUGUUUGCUGUCUUCAUUCACACUUAACAUUUAACUUUCCCUUUAACACAAAGGAAUUUUUAAUACUCGUUCUUUUUUAUAGAAGAGGAGAACUAAAUCCCCUGCAGGAGAGUCUAAGUAUAGUAGAGAUGGUGAUAAUGGAUUUCUUUUUUUGUAAAGAAUAUGAAGGACAAAGUAAAAGACUGGCAUUUGAGGGAUUUAGAAUUUGAAAGCUUGUCCUAUCUCCCUGCUUAGUUUGGGUAAAUGGAUAGUUUCAAACAUUGUUUAUAUUGGUAAAAUUUUGUUUCCUGCACUCUGAGGCUGGUUAGCUUGGAGGGUAUUGCAAGCGGAAAAUACACGUUGCUGCUGAGUCUUCAGUGAAUUUGCACGUUUCAUUCGGCAUCUACAUGUUUAAAAAUAAAUAAAUACAUUGAUUCAGGCCUUCUGUUUCAUGCCAAGACUCAAAAAAGGAAUUCUUUUAAAAAACAAAACAAAACAACCUAUUCUUGCUGUGAAAUCCAGAGAAUUUUUACAAUUCAGGUGCAUACCACGUUUAAUUCUGAACUGGAUCCAACCUGAGUAUGCCCAGAAUCAUGAGCUAGGAAUGAAUGACUCGACAUGCCUAGGUUGUCCAAAAAACCGUUGCCGGUGUUGUUAGCACCUGUUGGUUAUGGAAUAUGGGAGAUUCUUCAUAUUGUUUGUUACUGUAAACGGUCUCAUAAAAUAAAAGCAGGUAUUCUGUCCUCGCAGUGCUUGGAACAGUAUCGGAAGUACUGUUUACACUAGUGUGACCGGAGUAAUGGGAAGUUCCACGUUGGAAAUGAAAGUAUGUACAGAGAUUUUGUUUGAACAGUUAGGUAUUUUGAGAAAUUCUUCCCUGCUUGAGAACAAAUUUUUUUAAAGGCCUGUUGGUCUUCAAAGUUUUAUGAAGAGUAAUUUUUAUUGUUUACGAAUUCUUUUUUGCCCCUCUCAAAAGUCCAUGUAUUAAGUAUUAGUCACUCUUCUUUGGAAGUUUUCAGAACAUUAGCUACUUGCUUGUGUGUACUCUGGGUCUGACUGGGGAAACCUGUGUUUCGGGAGAGUAUAGUGGAAAAGCUUAAGAGUUUGAUCCAUGGAUAAGUUUGCAUAAGAGACUUAUUUCCUCAGUUACUAUAAACUUCAGUAUUUUAGGCAUGUGCACUACCAUUUGAACAGUUUUACACUUCACUGUGCUUUCCUUGUAAAUAUCUGUGGUUAAUAAUGUACCGUUAGAGGGACUUACAAAGGCAGCCUCUUUAUUCUCUCUGUAUCUGCAACAUUAGAUUGCUGUACUAUACUUAAAAGUUGACUGCAGGCUUCUAGAAUUGUACUCACUUGUGGGCAAUUUUUGUCCUUCAUAAUAGUUAAAUUCCAUCAUGCGGAAAAUAGACUGUCUAUAUAAACCUGUGUAUCGGAAACCAGUAUCUCAGAGCACUUCAUUUGUACUACCACUGUAUUUGUGUACUUUAACAAUUGUGUAAAUACAUUCAUAAUAACU